CUAACCAACCAAUAGCGGGCCGACUGACUGUGUUCACUUCUUUACUUUUAGCUUUUCAAGAUUAGCAUUCAUAGACGAAUACUAAACGGGCGAUAGACAAGCAAUAUCAUUAUACACACUACUUCAUUGAAACUAAUUGAAAAUUUCAGCUUGGAUUUAAAUAUUAUAAUAUCUACUUUUAUAGUUAACAAAGUUUCAUGAAUUAUUGGAUUUACUGAGUCGUGAACCGAAGUUAAAAAGUUAAAAGGCGUUUUAAACAUGUUGAUUGUUAACUAGUGUGGUUCGCAAUAUAGUAUAAACAAGAGGAAAUUGUGCGUUUAUUCUUAAGAGAUUUUCUGCUAUAUCCCUUACUUUCUUCUAAACUGUUAAGUUAAAUAUCUUAAAUAAUCUGUACGUGGAUUUUAACAAACGACGGCUGGUGGAUAUUUAUACAGCACGAGUUUACGGCAUCGACAGUUACGAAAGGAUUACAGCAGAUUUUAUUUUUAUUUCGGAUAUAUAAAUCACUUCUGUUUGAUGUCCAACUUUAAGAGCAGACACAUUGUGUCCGUGGGCUAGGGCAAACAAUGUUGAGGACAGCUUUACCCGUGCGGCACGGGACUGAUAUCAGAUAGCAGCGCAUCUUCAUCAUGACCCCGAGCUACCGUUUUACUAUACUGGUUCUCACAGUUCUGCUGUCGGAGUUAAUCACGUCAACGUACACACAAUCUACUUACGGUGCAACCACUUCUGCCCCACCACCUCUCACAGAGGAACAGAAGAAAAAAGCCGUUGCGGCGCUAGAAUCUAGUUUAUUGACAAUAUUUGGGUUUUCUCGUCGACCCCGACCCAGCAAAGGUGUGGUAAUACCCCAGUACAUGAUUGACUUAUACAGACGACAGAGCGGGGACACGGGCACGCCUAUACCUUCCGUGUAUACUCGCAAACAGUCCGCACAGCCGGCCAACACAGUCCGCAGUUUCUUUCACGAAGAGAAUGUCCAGCUUCAUGACUGUGGUACGGAUAACUGCGCCAGGCUUUGGUUCAAUAUAACCUACAUCCCGCAGGCGGAACUCCUAACUGACGCUGAACUCAGAAUUUACAUAGAGAGAAAUCAUACUUAUGAACCUGACACAGACAAAACAUUACGACAUAAACUACAAAUUUUUGAAAUCAUGAAACCAGUAUCAAAAGACGGAGAAUCAAUAAGUAGACUUAUAGAUGUUCAAGAUAUUAUAGUGAAAAAUUCAUCUUGGGUGUCCUUAGAUGUACACCCCGCUGUAUUAAAAUGGAAGAAUAAACCGCGAGCAAAUCAUGGUUUGGAAAUUCGCGUAGUGCCACAUAGAAACAAUCCGACAUCUAAUCCAUUAAAACAUGUGAGAUUACGGAGGGCAGCAGAAACUGAAGAUAGUGAAUGGAAUAUACAAAGACCUUUAUUAGUUACAUAUACUGACGAUGGCAAGGCAUCAAGCUUAGCACGGACUAAACGUAGUAGUGAUAGUGAUGACAACAAUGAUGAUAAUGAUGAUAUUGAAGAAAAUGAUGAUAGUGAUUCUAAGAAAAAACGUAAACGGAAACGUAAAAAGUGUCCUAAAGGCGAUAAAGGUAAAAAGUGUAGAAAAAAGCGAAGAGAAAGAAGAAAAAACAGGAAAAAUAAGAAAAAGGAUAAAAAUGAAAAUAAAAAAAAUCCUCCGGGAAAGGAGAGACCAGGACACAAAAAUCUGUGCAGACGACGGCCAUUGUACGUUGAUUUUAAUGAUGUACAGUGGAACGAUUGGAUAGUCGCCCCUCUAGGGUAUGACGCUUACUACUGUGAUGGCAAGUGUCCUUUCCCCCUCAGUGACAACCUUAACACGACCAAUCACGCCAUAGUUCAGACUCUGGUGAACGGAGUGGACCCUCGGGCCGCACCCACCGCUUGUUGUGUUCCAACCUCUCUCAGUUCUAUCUCUAUGUUGUAUUUAGACGAACAUGACAAAGUGAUACUAAAGGUUUAUGAUGAUAUGGUUGUAGAAGGGUGCGGCUGUAGGUGACGGGUCAUCAUAGCAACCAAAAUAUCAAAAAGUGUGCUUCGAGUCAAGGUAGUUUACGGACAAUACCGGUAUCUAGUGUUAUAAUACAGAUUUGUGCUAAUUUAUUUACGAAACCUCAUAAUGGACGGUCUAAACCGCUCUCUUGUAGCAGCUUCUGUUACAAAAUGUGUUCGCAAACGUUUUAGUAAACCGUAAUAGUGCUGUAAGGUAUGCCAGACGAUAAAGUCGAAAGCCAUUGAGUGUGACUGACGCACGAAUUAUACGUGCCCGCGUGUAGUCGUGUAGCAGGUGUUUAGAGCCAAGUCACGUGGAAGGAAAGCUGCAAACUAACGAGAAUGUCCCGACCAUGAGGUCACGUGCUAAGUGCUUGUUGUUGUUAUUGUAUAGUAUCAUUGUUAUAAAGCCAGUCGUUCCGCCAAACAUUCGUAAAUUGUACAAAUAUUGUACAUAUUAAAUGGACAUAUAAAAUGUUUGAGCGGAAAAACUACACAAUUAUUUAUAUAUUGUAAAUUUAUUAACGAAUGAAUUGUAAAUAUCGUUGUUAUCUUAUUCCUAUUGUGACGACUACAAAUGUUGGAAUGAACAUUCUUUUUUCUGAUUUUGUAGCAAAAUAACAUGUUCACGAGAGAGAAAAAAUCAGAAAAUGUCGAACGUUAAUAAAAGAUAAAAAUCUUAA